AUGCUCCAGCGUGGAAAACGAAGCCAUGAAUUCUUCACCGGCGAUGGGGUCAGUUUGGAGCUUUUAGAAGUGGUUCUCGAGGGGAAAAACAAGGAGAUGUUCAUUGCUUUCAUGAAGGGGAUGCUUCAGUGGCGACCUGAAGACAGGAAGACAGCGAAGGAUCUACUUCAGGAUCCGGGGCUGAAUGAUUAA